GCAUUCUUUUCUCUUGUGUUAUUGACGGAAUAUUUCUUGUAUUCUUUUCAGCCGAGCGUGAUUGUCAGCAACUCUCCGAAAUCUCAUGCUGAUGAAGAUCGACGGAAGAGACGAGAUGAAUCGUCACCACCACCUCACGGCGACACAGACAGUGCUAUCGCCACCGGAAGUGACGUCAGUCGAGAGUCCUUGGCUGACAAGCACGACAGUGGCAGCGACGACGGCGAGGAGAGUUACACCUGUCUCGGCCAUCUCUCGCGGCCAGAAAACAGCUCGGGAAGUUUUCGCAGCACCAGCAGCCACGGCAGUAACACUGGCUCCAGACGGAGGAGGAGCUCACGGAUGCUCAACAGAUCAGGUUCGAAGAGGCUUUCAACGAGUGCAUUAGCGAGUCAACUCCACCGACAUGGAAGUAGACGCAACUCUCAGAGUUCGGAUGAAAUGUAUCCUGUGGAUAUUCCCAUGUCCAUCGAGGACGACGUCAUGGAUCUCAACCAAAAGGUUCAAGAGCUUCAACAGCAAGUGGCAACCCUCACAGACCAUCAAGUGAAUACAGACCACAGAUACAACAAAGUGAAGCAGGAGAAUGCCGCUUUGCAGAACAAGAUCCACUCGUUGGAAGAACAGUUAAGAGAACUUGAAAUCCGGAGUGAAGAUCGUAUUGAAACUGAACAGCAGAAAUUCAAGGAGAUUAUGUCUCGAUGUGAACGAGAAAGUAAACUUGAAGCAGAGUAUUAUGCAAAUAAAUUAGCAUCAUUACAAACUGAUCACAUGCAACUGACUGAGGAAUGUUUGAAAUUAAAGGAUGUAAUCGAAAGAUUGAAACAAGAAAAACAAGAACUUCAAAAUCAGUUAAAUGAGUGUACAACAGAGCUGAUGAAUUUACGAGAAGAUAACCUUCGAUUACAAGAAGGCAUACGCAGAGAGCGUGAAGAAUUUGCCACAGAGCGAGAAAAUAAUAACAAAUUAUUAGAAGAAUUGACCAGAGAAUUGGAGAAGCAUUCAGAUAUGAGUAGUGAACCUCGUUUACGCAGUCCGAGCCUCCUUGAACUCCCUGCUCAGUAUCGAGAAUUACAGCAAGAGCUUCGAAAAGUGAAAGAUGAAAAUAAACUCAUACUUGAAACAAAUGAAGAAUUAAGUGCACAGCUAUUGGCUAGCAGUCUACAAGAAGGACGAUCAUUAGUAAAUCAAGGCACUGCUAUUUCUCUAGCUGAUGAAUUUGAAACUCUAACCAAAGAUGAGAUGAUGAAUGCAUUACGUGAGCAGAAGGAGGUCAAUGCUAAGUUGAAGGCCUAUAUCGAUGGUAUCUUACUCAAUAUCCUAGAAAAUCACCCUCAGCUUCUGGAAGUCAAAAAUACUAUGUAAAAGUUACCUAUUUAAGACUGAAUUGCAAAUCACACGUUCACCUUAUCAGCGAAGUCACGACAGAGAGAGAAUAUGAACACUGAAAAGUUUUUAGUCAACAGAUGACUUAUUUUAAUAUAGAAGUUUCCCAUUUUGAAAUUUUAGAUUUUUGUUAACAUCAUCUGGUUUGGCAUUGUUGUAUGUUUGAUGCGAGCAUGGUCAUAUCAAAAAGGAUCUCUGUGUAAAAUUGUUGUUUGAAAAUGAUUUUUCAAACGAGGAAUGCCGUCCUAUUGUGCAGCUUCCUUAUGUAUAGAAUAUUUAAUAAAAAAAUUGUAAAAUGUUU